AGAUAUUGCAGUGACUUUCCUCUGGUGCCAGUAUCAGCACUGACUAAGAAUGAGCUUAUAAAACCACAGAAUCAUUUCGGUUGGAAAAGACCUCUAGGAUCACCCAGUCCAACUGCCAGCCCAUCCCCACCAUGCCCACUGACCAUGUCCUCAGUGCCACAUCCACACGGUUCUGGAACACCUCCAGGGACGGUGACUGCACCACCUCCCUGGGCAAUCCACACUUGCUAUGUAAUCACUGAAGAUGUGUUUUAGCUUCAUCCUUUUGGGACUACAUGUGGGCAUCAUUCUUCAUCACCAAGUCAUCCCUCAACAUUUCUGAUGAAUUUGGGUUACCCUCCUCAUUUUCUGUUGUAGUUUACCCAGCUGCACACCAGAUUUUUCCAUGUCUGGCCAAACAGACUGUGAUUAAAGACUUUGGUGAUGAAGGGUGGUGAGAGGCUGGGUGCUGGCAGAGUUCAGCAUCAAUAUUUUUUCCCGAUGGGAAUUUUUGGCAGCUGUUUAUUCCUUCCUCCAUACGGUAAGUGGUGAAGGCUGCCACCUUCUCAUGGUCUUCUAGUGUCCCAGCAGCUGUGGCUGGGUCUUCAGCUGCCUCAGUAACCUUGGUGUCUGGAGGAGGGACAGCUGGUUAAUCCCCAUUGCAGACAUGACGAUGGCUUGCCCAUCAGAGGUGAUAUCUGGAGCUCCAUGCUUGCUGCCUUCCAGCCUGGGCUACUAAGUUGGAAAAGGUAGUGGUUACCCUUAGCCACUGGAAGCCCCACUCUACAACACUGGUGACAAGAGUGGUUCUCACCAGUUUUCCCAUCCUUGAAAAUAACACCUGUUCCUAUCUCCGAUCUUUGCACGACCACUUGCAAUGAGUUCUAAACCUUGUAUUUGACCCAGAAAUCCUUGGAUUUGUCUGAGAUAUGGCAACCCCCGUUGCUUGUUGGCAAGGCUGGGAGGUAGUGAACUGGCUGUGUCUGUGCUGCGUGCUCUGCGCUGACUGCUGUAAUCCAAAGGUUACAGUGCAGGAUUAGCAUGGGUGUACAAAGCUCUUCCUAAUCUAUGAGUCAUUACCCCUCACCGCAUUUCCCUUCCCAGCAGCUCUGGGCAGGUGGGAUAGGUCAGCCCUUGAGCCUGCGGUCUCCCAGUUCUUCAGCUAAGGGGGACCAGGUCGGGACACAGCACCUGCCAGACAUCCUCCCCAGGGCCGUACUGCAGAACUGCUCCUCGGAUGCUAUGCAUGGCACAUCGCAAGGUCUGUUUGCUCUAAUUGGCUUCUCCUUGGCUGCCCCCAAGCUCCUCCCUCACAUUGGUUCUCUGUUUUGGCUCUACCACUUGCUUCUCUUCCCACCUUUGAAAGAGGGGGGAUAUUCUGCACUUCUUGGCAAUAAAUUCCCUCUAGGUCAGAUCAGGCUGACAGGGAUCCCUAGGGCUGCCGUGUGUGUCCGUGCUUUGUUAGUCCUUGUGUGUGGGGUACUUAGACUGGCUGAGCUCUUGUCCACCUGUAAGCUAUGAUAUUAAUAUAUUGGCUCAGGGCAGGGACCCUGCAAGCUGCUCAACUCUGAUGUCCUUGGUCCAGAGAGCGGUGACUGCCUGCCAGCACCUCUGCAUGGGUGAGAUGUGUGGGCUGCUGUGUGCACUAGGUGUGUGUCCCUCAGCUCUUCACCUGCAGAGCAGGGCUGUGGUGCGGUGCCUACCAUCAUCACCUGAUCCCUCUGGGCAUCCAGCAGAAAGCUGGGAGAUGUGCAUGCAGGGUGGGUGUUUUCAGGGGGUGCUUUGAUGGGGUUUUACUCUGUCCUUCUCUAUAAGGCACAUGCCCAGGAGCAAUGGUGAUGAUGGCAUGGGCCUCAGCUGGUCGGAGGUGAAAGCUAGAGCUGCCAGGUCCCACAUGAGCACUGCUGCAUGAGAUCCCACGCUCGCCCAGCUCCCGUGGCCCCCAACACCUGAUGAUACAGCAAGCCAUGGGCAGCGUCCGCGUCAACCGGUACAGCAUCGUCUCGACCGAGGAGGAUGGACACAAGGUCUCUGCGCUGGGCAGCAUGAACGGGCACAGCCGGAAUGGGAAGGGCCACACACCCCGGCGGAAGCAUCGCAACCGCUUUGUGAAGAAGAAUGGCCAAUGCAACGUCUACUUUGCCAACCUGAGCAACAAGUCUCAGCGCUACAUGGCCGACAUCUUCACCACCUGUGUGGACACGCGCUGGCGGUACAUGCUUAUGAUCUUCUCUGCCGCCUUCCUGGUCUCCUGGCUCUUCUUUGGUUUCCUCUUCUGGUGCAUUGCUUUCUUCCAUGGUGACCUCAACGCACCGGUGGUGGGGGGUAGUCCCUCUCUCCUCAAGCCCUGCAUCAUGCAUGUGAACAGCUUCCUAGGGGCUUUCCUCUUCUCGGUGGAGACACAGACAACCAUUGGGUAUGGCUUCCGCUGCGUGACUGAGGAGUGUCCACUGGCCAUCAUGGCUGUUGUGGUCCAAUCCAUCGUGGGCUGCGUUAUUGACUCCUUCAUGAUUGGCACCAUCAUGGCCAAGAUGGCGAGGCCCAAGAAGCGGGCCCAGACCCUCCUCUUCAGUCACCACGCAGUCAUCUCCGUGCGGGAUGGCAAACUGUGCCUCAUGUGGCGAGUGGGCAACCUGAGGAGGAGCCACAUCGUGGAGGCCCAUGUUCGUGCCCAGCUCAUCAAACCCUACAUGACAGAGGAAGGGGAGUACCUCCCCCUGGACCAGCGGGACCUCAAUGUAGGCUAUGAUGUGGGUCUCGAUCGUAUAUUUUUGGUCUCACCCAUUAUUAUUGUUCAUGAGAUUGAUGAGGAGAGCCCGCUCUAUGGGAUUGGCAAGGAGGAGCUGGAGACGGAGAACUUUGAGAUCGUUGUUAUCCUGGAAGGGAUGGUGGAAGCCACGGCCAUGACCACACAGGCACGGAGCUCUUACCUCGCCAGUGAAAUCCUCUGGGGUCACCGCUUUGAACCAGUUGUGUUUGAGGAGAAGAACCACUACAAAGUGGAUUAUUCGCGCUUUCACAAGACCUACGAGGUAGCUGGCACACCCUGCUGCUCAGCUCGGGAGCUGCAAGAAAGCAAGAUGACUAUCCUACCUUCUCCCCCACCUCCCAGUGCCUUCUGCUAUGAGAACGAGCUGGCUCUUGUCAGUCAAGAUGAAGAUGAAGAUGAUGAUGAAGUGGGUGUAGCGUUAGGUGGCAGCACCAAGGAAGAGGGAGGCGUCAUCCAGAUGAUGGAUUUUGGAAGCCACCUGGACCUGGAGCGGCUCCAGGCCACUCUGCCCUUGGAUACCAUCUCAUACCGCAGGGAGUCAGCCAUCUAAUCCCUACAGCCUCCCCGUUCUACCCCCAUUGCCCACCACCUCCUCCUCCUCCUCCGUUCUGCACCCAUGCGUAGCUGGAUAAGUCCCUUGCUUACCAAAAAACGCCUCCUGUGACCACCUGUCAGCACCUGAGUAUGUCGAGGCCUGGAGAUACGCCAAUAUAUUUCCUUUCCCAUGAAGUUAUACCCCCUGGAUGAGGAGUGAGAACGCACCAUUCUUCCAGACAGCGCAGCUUGCGCAAGGACCUGCCCAGGGACAGGAGAGAAGCAUGGUUGGAUUCCCAUCUCUGGGGAGGUGACAGGAGACUGUGCCCUUAAUGGAGAGACUGUACCUGCUCAGUCGUUUCUGCAGCUGAGACAACGGCACUUUCUGCCUCUCUCAACACGUGCAGGCCCAUGGCUAUCAAUAGCCAUGGCUCUCACAGGGAGAGGAGUGAUACCUAAGUCCUGACCCAAUGAGAAGGGACAGGGGAAUUUAGGACUCCUAGAGGGAGUGGGGGAGUCUCUGGAGACAGGGGUUUGCUUGCAUGUUUAUUGCUUGUUGCCCUUGACUUUCUUUGUAUAUAAAACAGAUCGAGAACUGAAAUCCAUAUUCUUCCACUGUAAAUGCCAAGCUGGGAGAGAAGGACACUGCACGUAGCCCGCUCUGCACUCUCCUUGUGGCACCCAUCAACUCCAGCAGGUGCUCGGCCCCACAGACUCAGCCCUGGUUCCCCCACUCCUCCCCAGAACAUGUUCUGCUUCUUACCUGGAACGCCUAGCAGCGGGGCAGGGCUCUGUGCUCACACACCCGUCCACCGUGCCCGGGCUGGCAGACAGUGACCUGAUGGAACAGCAGGCCCCCCACUUGCUCCUUCCACCUCCUCCAGUCUUCUCCCUGCUGCCAACAGCUGUAAAACGGAAUUUGUAACUAUUUAUUUUUAAUAAAGACUAAUAUCCCAGGGGGAGGUUUGGAAACAAAGGAGACCCCAAGGCUGCAGCCUGGUGCAGAGACUGAUGAGUGUUAUUAGUGCUGGUGUUUGCUGUUUGUAUGGGUUUGGUGCCUGGAGGCUUCACCUGUGGUACCUCAGAG